AUGAGUCCGCAAGAGGAAAUUACUACGCCUCCACAAACUACAACUAGUAACACCAACAUCACAGACGCGCCAGCGAGUACUACGGCGGUGGAAUCAAAAUAUAUAUUAUCUAAUAGUGCAGACAUGGAAGAAAAAAAGGAAGAACCUCUGCCAAUACAUCACAACAUUGAAUUGCAGGUAGCUUUUUCAUCACUUGAAUUAUCGACCCUCAAACCUGAGGAUGUCUCGGAAAUCAAGACAAAACCUUCAAAUUUGAAUGAAACAGGUUUCAAAGAAAAGAAGAAAUGCAAAUCUCCCGUUAAUGUAAAAGAGGCCAUAAUGAUCCUUUCAUGGCUGGCUGCAAUUGCAUUCUGCAUUUGGUAUAUAUACUUCUCUGCCAUGAACUUUCACGAAGCACAAAACUCUCCCACAACCUCUCUUUCAUUACAUGAAACGAUACCUCUCCAAUUUCCAUCUGUUACAGUUUGUAAUUGGAAUGCUGUUGAUCCUAGUUGUGAUUAUUGUAAUAUCACGUUGCUGCAAGCCACUACUCCCAACAACAUUCUUGGAAUAAUUGAAACUGUGGAGCUUCCACACGAAUAUUUUGAACUCGAGCAAAACGGUCAAUACUUUAAGUGCUAUGGAUUCAAUUAUAACCAAAACAAACCACUGGUUGCCAAUUACACAGGAUAUGGUGGUUCCAUAAGCUUGUUCUUUAAAGCUCCUCCUGUUCCAGACGACCGUGAUGCCAGAUUCGGGCUUCAAGUAACUUUUCAUGAAAUCGGAACGAUUCCAAACGUGUUUAGUGAAACGAAUUUCGCAACCUCAGGAGUAGACAACUUUUAUACCUUAACGAAAUUUGUAACAAAGAGAUUGAAACCAAGAGCAGAAAAUCCGAGUGGUAUUGAGCUACGAUGGGACUCAAAGCUGUCAACAGUGCAGCUCACCCAAAACGACCCAUCUGUAGUGGUUAUAUCAUUUUCGUAUGACUCUCUGAAUGAAAAUCAAAUUACUGAAAUACUUACAAGUUCGUUGGAAGGCUUGUUUGGAGAAAUUGCGGGAAUUGUUGGAAUUUUUAUGGGAAUUGAUGUCUUAAAAGUGCUGAGAGGAGUUCUGGAAAUUCCAUACGCAGUUCAUGCUAAAUCUUUGAGGGCCAUUUGGGAAAACUUCAAUUAA